GUGUUUGCCUUGUUGCCAAUGUGAAGAGGGACAUCGUUCCUUAAGACCCUCCGAUCUCCCGCCUUCAUGAUGGCCGACAACAACAAUCGUGCUGUUACCACCAAAAUUGAAGAUCUUCAGGACGACAUUGCUUUUAGAGAGGGCCUUAUUGCCAGUCUUCAAGAGGUGGGCACAAAUGAGGAUGAGCCAGAGGUUCAAGAUCACCGCGCCGCAAUUCAAUCUCACCAAAAGCAAAUCCGUGCAUUACAACGAACGAUGAAUGACACCGGCGCUGCGAACGCAGACAACCGUCAAAUGUCGUCCUCGCAAGAUGUUCAAAGUACCACUGGUACCAAGACCUCAUAUGUCAGACCGUCGCUACCAAAAGCCAGCCAUCUUGAUAGGAAGCGCCUCAGAAUUGACAUCUCUGACGAUGAUGGUCACGCUGUCCAUCCCUCAAAAUCACGCCGGACUACCCCAAGUUCAUGCUUCACAGCAGCACCCUCACCUGCUGAAUCAUCAGGUAGUGUGGAUAGUCUUCCUGAGUUGAUUUCCCUCUUUGGUUCCGAAGAAGAUAUUGAACGCAAUAGUCAAAUCUGGAGGCAACUUGAAGAACGCAAGAAACAAGAAGAAGCCGAUGCGGAUCUUGCAAGAAUUUUGGACCAACAAUGGAGUCAGGAAGCUGUGAACGAGGAUCAAGUUCCUCCCACUCACCAGGUUGACUACACCCAGCGUUUCCUUUCGAACGAUGGUACCCUCCAUCGCCGCCUUGCCAAUGACGGAAGUCAAUCCAACUCGUCUGGAAGUACUUCAACUUCACUUUUGCAAACUACAGGCCCUAAGUCAAACCACUCUUUCACAUCCUCUGCGCCCGAGUCUUCAGAGCAUCGAGGACUGAUCAAGGAUCAAGCCCUUCCUACUCGAACACUAGGCUCAGCACUUCACAUAACGAUUGAAGAUGAAUCUGGACCGUCACCGCGUGAUCACUUUGAGUCUCGGUCAUCAUUACAUCCUCCAGCAGGGGCGAUGCCAGGGGCUUUUCCGGGAUCGCAGCAUACCAUCAGUACCGGCGGCACUCCAGUCUACGAUUUGACCCUGUACGAUAGUUCUCCCUUGACCAACUCCCAACCUUCCUUUACUCUGCCCUCCAGCACCGUCAACCCGUCACCUCUACCUUUUGGUGCUCCAUCGUCCCUGCCACACUACUAUGUACGAGAUCAGUACGUCGAUCCAACGAAGACCAAAGAGGAAAUUGAGACGCUAUUGAAACAUAUCAGACCGGAUGAGGAGUUCGCACCGGAUCAAGUAGCCCACCAGCCAAAGGAGCUCGAUGCAACUAUGAUGCCACACCAAUUGUACGGACUGACUUGGAUGCAAAAGAUGGAAGAUGGCACUAACAAGGGUGGAAUUCUUGCCGAUGACAUGGGGCUGGGCAAGACUAUCCAGAGCAUAGGUUUGAUCUUGAGCCGGCCACCACCAGCCAACAAGCACUUGCCGACUCUUGUCGUGGCUCCGGUAGCUCUGAUGCAUCAAUGGAAACGCGAGCUGGAAAAGAUGGUUAAGUCGCGACAUCGUCUCAACGUUUUCGUCCUUCACGGACAGACGAGAAGCACAACUUGGUCGGCACUACGCGCUUACGAUAUCGUACUCACCACGUAUGGUCUACUGUCAUCAGAAUUGAAGCGCAAACUCGAUUGGGAACAAAAGAAGGCGUUAAACCCUGAUGCACGCGACGAUUGUCCAGUGUUAGGCGAGCGUUCACAUUUCCACCGCGUCAUCCUAGAUGAAGCACAAAAUAUCAAGAAUGCCCGUACGAAGGGAGCAUUGGCUGCAUGCCGAGUCAAUGCAGACCAUCGCUGGGCCCUCACCGGGACUCCGAUGCAGAACAACGUGGAGGAAAUGUUCAGCUUAGUCAAAUUCUGCCGCAUUCGCCCUUACAAUGAUUGGGAUUUGUUCAGAUCAAUGAUUUCUAAGCCUCUCAAGGAGAACUGGGCAAACCGAAAGAAAAAAGCCAUGCAAACAUUACAAGCAUUGCUUCGGGCAAUUUUGCUGCGGCGAACCAAGCAGUCGAAGAUCAAUGGUCAACCAAUCCUACAACUGCCGAACAAGCAUACCGUAGAAGAACGAGUCGUCUUCAACGAGGAUGAGUCGACCUUUUACAAAGCACUUGAGACGAAGGCACAGAUCCAGAUCAACAAAUACAUCCAGAGAAACACGAUCGGCAGAAAUUAUUCCCAUGCGCUUGUCCUCCUGUUGCGCCUGAGGCAAGCGGCUUGUCACCCACAUCUUGUGACCCAAAGCAAGGAUUUCCUCCAAGCCGCCGGCAACCUCGAUUCCAACGAUCUCAUCACGAACGCUACUGAACUCAAGGCAGAUGUUGUUAAACGCUUGAAAGAGGCCGACUCCUUCGAGUGUCCAAUUUGUAUGGAUGUGGAUGAAAACCCGGCUCUUUUCCCCUGUGGUCAUAGUCUCUGCAACGAUUGUCUCUGCAAAUUGGUGGAUCAGGCCACCACGGAUGCCGAUGGCCUUCCGAAAUGCCCGCAUUGUCGUUCUCAGAUUGAUGCGAACAAAGUCACCGAUGUUUUGAGUUUCUACCGGGUGCAUUGUCCCGACCGAGAAGGUGUGGAACCUCUUCCUGACGUGGACUCAGACUCGGAUUCAAAUUCAGGUUUUAGUGACGAGAGUGAUGAAGACGACAGUGAUGAUCUUGACGGCUUCGUUGUGUAUGACACUGAAGAUUCUGACGAUGAGAAGUCGAAAGGCAAGUUACCAAUCCGGUCAAAGCCAAAGAAGAACAAGAACAAGAAGUCUGCAAAGCUCAAGGAUAACCCAAAGUCCCAUUCUGCUUUCAAAUCUCUUGCACAAUUGCGCAAAGAAGGACUCAAAAACAAACAUGCUAAGCGGAAGUACCUCAAACGUCUUCGAAAGAAUUUUGUGACUUCGGCAAAGAUCGAACGAACUGUGCAGCUACUCGAAGAGAUCAGAGACCGUGGUGAGAAUGAAAAGACAAUCAUUUUUUCAAACUUCACUUCAUUCCUGGAUCUCCUUGAAGUCCCGCUGUAUGAUCACCAAGACUUUCGCCGUUACGUUCGCUACGAUGGAAGCAUGUCUUCCAAUGAUCGAAACAACGCAGUGUUGACAUUCACGGAGAAUCCUGAUUGCAAGAUUAUACUCAUCAGUCUCAAGGCGGGCAAUGCAGGAUUGAACCUUACAGCCGCAAAUCAUGUGAUCAUGAUGGAUCCUUUCUGGAACCCAUUUGUUGAAUUCCAAGCAGCAGACCGCUGUUAUCGAAUUGGACAGAAGCGCGACGUGACGGUUCACCGAGUCUUGAUUGGCGAAGGGGAAGAUUCAGAGAGUGAACCUACACCUGGAGGAUUCACUGUCGAGGAUCGUAUCUUGGCCCUGCAAGAGAAAAAGCGCAAUUUGGUUGAGACGGCUCUUGAUGAGUCUGCAGGAAAAGAUGUCGCGAGACUUGGAGUGAGAGAACUCGGUUAUCUCUUCGGCCUCAACCAACUAUGAUUGUAGAUGGGUUCCGCUGGUCCUCUGCAACCAUGUUGGAGGAUGAAAUUGCCUGUUCCACUCUGCGAUACUGGCUUGCUUCUAUUCCUUCGCAUCCUCACACCGACAAACUCAAGAGCUUUCCACGAUCAAUCAACUGCAAGGAGCUACCUGCUGUGGCCCAUUGCCCAUCACAACUCUUUUCGAUGAGUACUUUUUUCGACCACGGCCUAUUGUUUUCAGCACCACGAUUGUUUUUAUUGUACGAGUACACGAUCAUGAUACCCCGAGAAUUCCAGUCGAUAUGCGCCACAUGAAGGACGGAGUUCAACUAUGGGCAGUCGAAUGCAUGUGUUAGAGUAGAUAUGCAGGUGGUUUUCUUUCGUCGCUUCAAGGUAUUAUGGGAUUCAGACUAGUCAUGGCAUCAAGAGUCAGCUCAAAACCAGAGCAGAAUUAUUUCACGCGAUAGAGC